GGACGGAAUCGCGGCGCGGCGGCGGCGGCGGCGGCGGGGCCCGUAGCGGUACGGGUACGGGUACGGGUACCGGUACCGGCGGCAGAGGCCGGGACGCAGCAGCUCGGUUUCGAGUGCUGCUCGCGGGGCGGCGGAGCGGCUCGAGCCCGGCGGGAGGUGUGGGCCGGCCGUGACCUCGCGGGGACGCGGCGCUGUCGGGGCCCGUCCUUACCGCGCUUUGCUCCUCUCGGAAAGCCGACGCCGUGCCGCCCGGCCCGGCCUGCCAUGCUUAGCGCCCCGCGUCCGGCUCCACGCCCGGCCGUCCCGUCCUCGUGGCACCGCGCCGUCCCGUGAGCGGCCGGGCGUGGGAACCGCGCUGCAGCGUCCGGAGCCUCGGAAGGGCGGGGAUGAGGGAGUGCGGCUCCGCGUUCCGGCGGCUGCGGGAGAGCCCCGAUGGGAGCCGUAACGGGAAAGAGAUCUGACGGAACCCAGCCGUGCGCGGAGGUGGAAAAGGCCUCGUUCGAACCGCUCGGGAAACGAGCUUCGGGAAGACGGGGAUGGCCGUCAGCAUGGAUGACGACGUCCCGCUCAUCCUCACCCUGGAUGACGGCGGCAGCGGCGCCUCGGCCCCGAGGGACAGCACGGAUCAGGAGGAGCUGCCUGGCCAAAAUGGAGGUAGCUAUGACAUUAUUAACGAUGCAUCCAGCCCUGCUGCAGGGGACUGCUGUGCACAGCAGAGCUCUGCCCAACACAACUGGGAAAUGAACUACCAAGAGGCAGCAAUCUACCUCCAGGAAGGAGAAAAUAAUGAUAAAUUCUUCACACACCCCAAAAAUGCCAAAGCACUUGCUGCCUACCUCUUUGCACACAAUCACCUUUUCUACCUAAUGGAGCUGAGUGCAGCGCUGCUUCUUCUGUUGCUGUCUCUCUGCGAGGCACCAGCUGUUCCUAUGCUCCGUCUUGGCAUCUUUGUCCAUGCAACCCUGGAGCUGUUUGCAUUAAUGGUGGUAGUCUUUGAGCUCUCAAUGAAGAUGAGAUGGCUGGGCUUCCACACAUUCAUUAGACACAAGAGGACUAUGGUGAAGACUUGUGUGCUGUUUGUACAGUUCAUAGAAGCCAUCGUGGUGUUGGUGCGCCAGACCUCGCAUGUCCGCAUAACGAGAGCUCUGCGCUGUAUCUUCCUGGUGGACUGCCGCUACUGCGGGGCAGUCAGGAGAAACCUGCGUCAGAUCUUUCAGUCCCUCCCACCAUUUAUUGACAUUCUUCUCCUUCUGCUUUUCUUCAUGGUGAUCUUUGCCAUCCUGGGUUUUUACUUGUUUUCUCCAAAUCACUCGGAUCCCUACUUCAAUACCUUGGAGAACAGCCUCGUGAAUCUCUUUGUACUUUUGACCACUUCAAACUUCCCUGAUGUGAUGAUGCCAUCUUAUGCUCGGAACCCUUGGUCGUGUGUCUUCUUCAUAGUGUAUCUCUCCAUUGAGUUGUACUUCAUUAUGAACUUGCUUCUUGCUGUUGUGUUUGACACUUUCAAUGACAUUGAGAAGAGGAAGUUUAAGUCCUUGCUGCUGCACAAGCGCACAGCCAUCCAGCAUGCCUACCACUUGCUCAUCACCAAGCAGGGGCCACCUGGAAUUUCCUUCAGGCAUUUUGAAGGGCUAUUGCGGUUUUACAAGCCUCGGAUGUGCAGUCGGGAGCGAUAUCUCACUUUUAAAGCACUGAAUCAAGGCAAUACUCCUUUACUCAGUCUGAAAGAUUUUUACAAUUUCUAUGAAGUUGUUAGCUUGAAAUGGAAGGCAAAACGAAAUCGUGAGCACUGGUUUGAUGACCUUCCACGGACAGCAUUCCUUAUUUUUAAAGGCAUCAACAUCCUUGUGAAUUCCCGUCUAUUCCAAUACACCAUGUAUACUGUGGUGGCUGUGAAUGGAAUUUGGAUUCUUGUUGAAACCUUCAUGCUGCAAGGAGGGAAUUUCUUCUCCAGAAAUGUCCCAUGGAGCUACAUCGUCUUCCUCACAAUCUAUGGUGUGGAGCUGCUCCUGAAAACCACUGGACUGGGGCCCGUCGAGUACCUGUCCUCAGGCUGGAAUCUCUUUGACUUCUCGGUCACCCUCUUUGCAUUCCUGGGGCUGAUGGCACUGGCGUUCAACAUGGAGCCGUUCUACUUCAUUGUUGUCUUGCGACCUCUUCAGCUGCUGAGACUCUUUAAAUUGAAGAAACGCUACAGGAAUGUUCUGGACACGAUGUUUGAGCUGUUCCCUAGGAUGGCCAGCCUAGGUUUAACCCUGCUGAUCUUCUACUAUUGCUUUGCCAUCGUUGGCAUGGAAUUCUUUGCUGGUGUGGUCUACCCGAACUGCUGCAACACAAGCACCGUGGCGGAUUCGUACCGCUGGGUGAACCACACAGUUGGUAACAAGACAGUUGUGGAAGAAGGCUAUUACUAUCUCAACAACUUUGACAACAUUUUGAACAGCUUUGUUACACUGUUUGAGUUGACAGUCGUCAAUGAUUGGUACAUAAUCAUGGAAGGGGUGACAUCUGAAACCACCCACUGGAGCCGCCUGUAUUUCAUGAUCUUCUAUAUUGUGACCAUGGUGGUGAUGACAAUCAUUGUGGCAUUUAUUCUGGAGGCUUUUGUCUUCCGCAUGAACUACACUCGGAAGAACCAAGAUUCAGAAGAAGACAAUGGCAUUGUGCUGGAGAAGGAGAUCUCCAAGGAGGAAGUGAUUGGGAUAAUCGAGCUGUACAAGUGGAGUUCAGCUGCCACUGAAAUUUCUCAGCUGCAGAAGAUUGUUUUGCAGAUGGACAAACACGGGCAAGUGUCAACGCUGUUUCUGGGACGCAGAUCAAGGACCAAGAGUGACUUGAGUAUGAAGAUGUAUGAGGAGGAGAUUCAGGAAUGGUAUGAGGAACAUUCCAGGAAAGAGGAAUCCCAGAUACCUUUGCAAGAGUCUGCAUCUGCUUCCCAGAGCUCUCUGAAGCCCCUGAGCCUCCGACAACGUUCCCAGACUGUCAUCUAGGCCUGGCUAGUGCAAGCUGCCUUCUAUGCAAUAACCUAGAGUUCACAGGAUAUAUGUUGGGAUGAUGUAUAUAGAUCUGUUCCAUGUACUGGUUUGCGUUAGGGAUAGAAGCUCUUCCGUUAAGUGCAAAAAAACAGGUGGACUCUGCUACAACCAGACUGAGCACGAUGCUGUGCUCAGCACAGAGUGAUCUUCUGGGCAGAAAUGGAGACCUUCUUCGUCUGAGCUGCUUCCCAAGCUCAAUCCUGCUGUUUGUCUUAGCAGUAACAGACUCUGGGGAAAGGGAUGUGUAAUCCAUUAACAGCAGGAAGUGUGCUGAGGCUACAUGCUUACAAUUUAAAAAAGAAAAAAAAAAAAAAAGGCCCUUUUUGAAGGUCUGCUUCACUUAACCUAGGAAUAAAAGAUCAGGGAGGGAGGCAGUUUUUGCUUGGUGUUUUGUUUUUUGUUGUUUUUUUCCUCUCUGCCCUCCUUUUGCAGAGCAAGAGGAGGUGCUAUGGAACUUCAGCACUAAUGGAGAGCAGCCUUUUCCCUCCUUCUUGGGACACCUGGAUGCAGUCCCUGCAGUAGAUUGAGUUCUGACUGUUGAAUUUAACUGUCCCUGAGCCAUUCUGUGGAAGCUGGUGAGCGGCAGAAAUCUUAUUGCAUUAUGACCAUAGUGGGGACAGAAAUUUAGGGAGACAAACUCUUUGCUGUGGCUGUGCAGUAUCUGCAUCUCUGCAGGUCAGUUAUGCCCACGGCACUGCCUGGGAUCAGAAUCACUUCUGUAAACCCUUUAGCUCUCAUCUUCCUAGGGAAGGGUGAUUCUGCUGGGUGAGCUCCAUCACUUAGCCACCUGCUUGUAGAUGGCAAGACUUUGGCUAGUCAUUAGUUCAAAUAGUGACUGGGAAGGAGAGGACUUUGCAGCUCCAAACCCUUAUUUCUGCUUGGGGCUGCAACUUACAGAGAGUCCAUCAAACAGUACUGCUUGUUGGCCCUCAGGUAGGUCAUUGCUUUGUUUAACAGGAGGGUCAGUCAGCACAGCAGCAUUCCUCCUCCUUUGUUCUCGCCCAUGCAGAACUGUUCCUCAAGCUGGCAAGUGCUGACUGGGUCGGAU